CUUACAGCUGCAGAUACCUUCCCUCAUAAUGUGGCUUUCGGAUGUUAGGUGCCUUCUUCACGCUCCAAGAGGACCUGCCUCUUGUUAAAUGCUGAGCCUUCAAGAGGGUCCUUCUGGUUUUCGUGGGAGCAAAUAUAGACAGGGUUUGUUUUUCGUAAGUGUUUGUCCCAUUUUCGUGGAUUUCCAGAUCUGACUCUACAAAAUGAGUACACUUCAAUAGUUGUAUUCUUUGUUUUUGAAUCUAUUACUUACUUGAGAAAAUGGUUCCAAGAUUGGAUUUUUCUUCCUGGUGGACAAAGGAAACCCAGAAAGGAACGCCUGUGGUGGUGAAAAUGGAGAACCCCAGUUUCUCUGUUGUGGAGAUUACUAGUGCUGACGCUGCGUUUCAACCAGUAGAGAAAAGCAGAGGCAAGAAUGCUAAGCAAGUGACUUGGGUCUUGCUUCUCAAGGCUCAUCGUGCUGUAGGCUGUGUCACUUGGCUCGUCCAUGUUCUGUGGGCGUUGCUUGGAGGUGUUAAGAAGAGGAUGAUUUAUAGGCAAGGAGUGGAUGUGGAGAGGGACAAGUUAAUGAAGGGCAAGUUGCUAUUUAGGGUCAUUAGGGUAUUUUUAGUGACAUCCUUGGCGAUUUUGGCUUUUGAGAUUCUUGCUUACUUCCAAGGAUGGCAUUUUCGAAAUCCCAGAUUACACAUUCCUCGGACUUCUGGUUUGGAAGGGUUCCUUCAUGCGGUUUAUGUUGCUUGGUUAACAAUUCGUGCUGAGUACAUUGCUCCCCCAUUACAGGCACUUUCAAAGUUUUGUGUCGUUCUAUUUCUUAUCCAAUCCGUGGAUCGUAUGCUGCUUUGUUUGGGCUGCUUUUGGAUUAGAUACAAGAAGAUUAAGCCAACGAUUGAUCAGGAUGCUUUCAAAAUUGAUGAUAUUGAAGGAUCUGCAUAUGAUUAUUAUCCCAUGGUUCUUGUGCAAAUUCCUAUGUGUAACGAGAGGGAGGUGUAUGAACAGUCUAUUUCUGCAGUCUGCCAAAUUAAUUGGCCAAGGGACCGUCUACUGGUUCAGGUUCUUGAUGAUUCUGAUGAUGAGAGCAUACAGUGGUUAAUCAAGGCUGCGGUCACUAAGUGGAGCCAAAAAGGAAUCAACAUAAUCUAUCGGCAUCGCUUAUUGAGGACGGGCUAUAAAGCUGGCAAUCUUAAGUCUGCUAUGAGCUGUGACUAUGCGAAGGAUUAUGAAUUUGUAGCAAUUUUUGAUGCAGACUUCCAACCAAAUCCUGAUUUUCUCAAACAAACGCUGCCAUAUUUCAAGAACAAUCCCGAACUAGGUUUGGUCCAAGCUAGAUGGGCUUUUGUAAACAAGGAAGAGAACUUGUUGACUCGGCUCCAGAAUAUUAACUUAUCCUUCCAUUUCGAGGUGGAGCAGCAAGUCAAUGGGAUAUUUCUUAACUUUUUUGGUUUCAAUGGAACUGCCGGGGUUUGGAGAAUCAAAGCUCUAGAGGAGUCUGGGGGCUGGCUCGAGAGGACCACGGUAGAAGAUAUGGACAUUGCUGUACGAGCUCAUCUCAAUGGCUGGAAAUUCAUCUUCCUGAAUGAUGUAAAGGUGCUUUGUGAAGUUCCUGAGUCCUAUGAAGCUUAUUGGAAGCAGCAACACCGCUGGCAUUCUGGCCCUAUGCAACUUUUUAGAUUGUGCCUUCCAGCAAUUUUAAGAUCUAAGGUAUCCGCGUGGAAGAAAGCAAAUUUAAUACUGCUAUUCUUCCUGUUGAGGAAACUCAUUCUUCCAUUUUACUCCUUCACCUUGUUUUGCAUAAUUCUCCCUCUAACCAUGUUUGUCCCAGAGGCAGAACUUCCUCUUUGGGUGAUCUGCUAUGUGCCUGUAUUCAUGUCCUUCCUCAACAUUCUGCCAGCCCCGAAAUCUUUCCCUUUUAUCGUCCCCUAUCUCCUCUUCGAAAACACCAUGUCUGUCACUAAAUUCAAUGCAAUGGUAUCUGGACUCUUUCAAUUGGGCAGCUCUUAUGAAUGGGUUGUAACCAAGAAGGCUGGGAGAUCAUCAGAGUCUGAUCUACUUGCUGCUGAUAAAGAAGCAAAACCGACGCAACAAAUAACAAUCUGUGGAAGAUCUUCUGAGUGUGAACUUGGCAAAACGAACCAAAUUAAGGACCAAAAAGACGCUGUUGCAUCGCCUGUAAAGAAAGCUAAUAAAAUAUAUGUAAAAGAGCUGACUUUGGCAUUCCUCCUACUCACAGCUUCAGUCAGGAGUCUUUUAUCAGCACAAGGAGUUCACUUUUACUUUUUGCUCUUUCAAGGGGUUACCUUCCUCCUUGUGGGCCUUGAUCUAAUCGGAGAGCAGAUGAGCUAGGCUUUGAUUCAUUACACAAACCCUGCUUCUAUAGAGCCAAAUUGCAUUCUAGCAGCAAGAUACUGCAUGCAGUUGAUGAAAGACUACACUUUUCGUCUUCUCAUGUUUGUAGUAAAUUUUUACCGUCCAUCUGGACAAAGGAACACAGCAAAUACCCUCAUUUGCACAACUCACCCCUCCAGGAUUGUAGGGAAUCUCUUUCAUAGGUAUUGAAUUCUUGUUGGCAGUUGCAGGGAGCUGCAAAAAUUUAUGAUCUCUUCUUACAUGCUCUUUAGUCAAUAUCUGUCCUUGAAAUUCAAGACACUUAGUUUCCGUGGAAGCCCGAUGUUGCUUGUUGUGUUUCUGUUACUGUUUCGAAAUAUUUUGCUUUCAUUUUUCCAAUGAUGGAUUGGACAAGCCAAACAUAUAUCUGUAAAUGAGUUCCGUUUAUCUAAUAUGAACUUUAUUUGCCCA